AGCAGCAACAGCAACAGCAACAGCAACAGCAACAAUAACAGCAACAGCAACAGCAACAGCAACACGAAUAGAAUUGGCUCGGCAAUGCCAAUGACCCAGCUGAACGGGCCGGUGAUGCGCAUAAAGCGGGAGCUGAACGAGAUCGUACAGAAUCCGCCGCCCAACUGCAGCGCCGAGAUGUGCAAGGACGAUCUGUUCCACUGGAAGGCGAUAAUCAUUGGGCCCAGCGGCACCGCCUAUGAGGGCGGCAUCUUCAAGCUAGACAUACGCUUUCCGGGUGCGUAUCCAUUCCGACCGCCACAGAUUCGUUUCAUAACGCGCAUCUAUCACUGCAACGUUGACAGUCGCGGCGUCAUCUGUUUGGACGUGCUGAACGAACGCUGGUCGCCGGUAAUGAACAUUGCCAAGGUGCUGCUAUCCAUUUGGGUGCUCAUUGGCGAAUGCAAUCCGAAUGAUCCACUUGUCAUGGGCAUUGCCGACCAGUACAAGUGCAAUCGGAAGGAGCACGAUAAGGUUGCGCGCUACUGGACGAAACGGUUUGCAAUGCCCAAGUCCAAGUCCAGCUCCAAGUUCGAGCAGGAGGUAAUGCUGUCGAACGGUCAGGAGCGGGAUAAGGACCAGGAGCAGGAACUGGAACAGGUGUCAGAGCAGAUAUCGGGGCUGGAGCUGGUAGGGGCAUCGGACUUGACGGCGGAACAGGUACUCGAGACCCAGAACCAGAACCAUAACCAGGACCAGGAAGAGGAGACAGCGGCUAGCAGCGGGGCAAGCAGUGUUAACGUUAGCGCUGACCGCAGCCGUAACCAACUUUAAACAGAUUUCCCCAAAAAAUAAACCGACUGCAAACAUACUCUAGCGUGCCUGUCC